AUCAGACGUUCAUUUCUCAUUCUCAAAUGCCGGUGACCUCGGUGCUGUGAUUCUUCAGGUUCUUAUUUUGGGUUGAGAAGUGCUGGUUUGUUGAAAUGGCGUCAAUUCGUUCAGCAGCGAGGAAGCUCUCACAAAAGACACCAAAUGAUGUGGUGAUUUUAGCAGCUGUAAGAAGUCCAGUGACGAGAGCAUUCAAAGGUGGAUUCAAAGAUGCAUAUCCAGAAGAUGUUCUUGGUCCGGUAAUGGUGGAAGCUGUCAGAAGAGCCAAGAUCCAACCCUCAGAUGUGAACGAUGUUCUCAUUGGCAACGUCCUCGCAGAACUUGGCUUCGCGAAAACUGGUCGAAUGGCCUUGAAUCAUUAUGGAUUUCCGAAUUCGACGACCUUUCACACAGUGAACAGACAAUGCUCGUCUUCCCUCCAAGCCAUCACUCAUCUAUCUCACGCCAUCAUGGCAGGACAGAUCGAUGUUGGCGUAGGAGGUGGAGUAGAUAGCAUGUCUCGAAACUAUGGCUCAAGGGGAAUUCCCCAGGAUGUAUCGCCGCAUUUGAGGAAUAGUGAAAACAAGCAUGCCAGAGAUUGUUUGAUGCCAAUGGGAUUCACGAGCGAGAAUGUGGCGGAGAGGUAUGGAAUUGGGCGGCAAGCUCAGGACGAGUUUGCAUUGGAAAGUCACAAUCGAGCAUUCGAGGCAAGAGAAAGUGGUCAUUUUGAUAAAGAAGUGGUGCCAGUCACAGUCAGAGCUGUAAAUGCUGAGACUGGGGAAGAGGCGGUAACUGAGGUGAAGCGCGACGAUGGGAUUCGAGGAGGGUUGACAUUGGAGAAGCUGGCAGCAUUGAAGCCUGUUUUCAAGCCUGAAGGAGGAAGCACUGCUGGAAAUUCAUCCCAAAUGUCUGACGGAUCAUCUGCAACAAUCCUCGCGCGACGAUCAUGGGCUGAAGAACGAGGCCUGAAACCACUUGGACGAUUCAUUGGCACAAAAGUUGCCGGAUGUGCACCAGACGAGAUGGGAAUAUCACCUGUAUUUGCUAUACCAGAACUGUUGAAGUAUACGGGAGUUGAGCUCAGCGAUGUGGAUGUGAUUGAACUGAACGAGGCGUUUGCAAGUCAGAGUUUAUACUGCAUUCAUAAACUAGGUCUGGAUAUGGCAAAGGUCAAUCCGAAUGGAGGAGCUAUUGCAAUUGGACAUCCAACAGGAGCAACUGGUGCGAGACAGACCGCGACGUUGUUCAAUGAGUUGCAGAGAUCAGAUAAGGAGGUUGGAAUGAUUAGCAUGUGUGCGAGCACUGGGCUUGGUGUGGCUUCACUAUUUAUUCGAGAAUAA